AUGGAGUGGAAUACUGGAUUUAUCGAGGAAAAUUUUGAUGAGAGCGAUGUGAAAUGUAUCCUUGCCAUCCCUUUGGGUUCUACUGAGCACCAUGAUGAAAUAACUUGGGCACUCACAAAAGAUGGGAUUUACUCUGUGAAAACAGCAUACAUGUUAGGUAAAGGUGGCAACCUUGACUCUUUUCACCAAGCAUGGGUAGAGGUAUGGGGUAUGAAUGCUAGCCCCAAAGUUAAACAUUUCCUGUGGAGAUCCUGCACGAAUUCUCUCCCUACUCGUGCUCUUCUAAAAACUCGGCACCUUCUUGAUGAUGAUUCGUGCCCUUGGGGCUGUGGCGCAAGUGAAACCACCUGCCAUGCCUUGUUUGAAUGUCCUCGUGUGCUCGAGCUUUGGCAGGACUUGGCGUGUGAAGAGCUUUGUAUUAAUUCCUCCAAUCUUGGGAUGUGUGAUUUGGUAGAAAGCUGGAAGAAUUGUGAUAAGGCAACCCUUUCUCGUGGCAUAUAUCUGGCUUGGUGCAUAUGGUCCGAAAGAAAUUUAUGGGUCUUUCAAGGGAAGCGAACACCGAAUCAUGUACUUGUCUCUCGUGUGCAGCGGCUCGUGGAUGAAUACGGCAAAUUUACGGCUCGUAUCUACUGCACCAAAGCAGCGUCGUGCGGGCCUAGUGCAAAGGUCUGGCGAGCUCCCCCUCUUGGUUUGCUGAAAGUAAAUGUUGAUGCAUGCCUGGCGGAUGUUGGAUGGGUUGGUUUAGGCGUGGUGGGGCGCGAUUCCCUGGGAGAUGUUGUAUUCGCGGCCACUCGGCGGGUUAAGGCAUUUUGGAGCCCAGUUGUGGCCGAAGCCAAGGCUAUUCAAAUGGGUGUUCGUCUUGGUCUUCGAUUUGGAGUUAGGGACAUGAUUCUUGAGUCGGAUUGCCAAAGUGUCAUAACGCGGUUGUCAAAGCAUGCUUUGUUUCUCUCGGAGCUUGACAUCACCCUCCACGAUAUUUUAGCUUCUUGCUCCUCUCUAUCUUCUCUUGUUUGGUCACAUGUUAAACGUGAGGGUAACUUUGUAGCCCAUCACUUAGCUAAGCUAGUUCCAUUUGGUGUUGAACAAAUUUGGGAAAACCACUCCCCCCCGGAGGUGGCGCCCUAUGUACUCAUGGACAAGUUGUCUUUGAAUUAA